AUGGCUGCUUGUGGCCUAACUGAAGUCAAAACCAUGGGAAGACAGUUCACCAUGACUAAUAAACAAGAUGGGAGCAGUAAAGUCUUCUCUAGGAUAGAUAGGGUUCUAGCCAAUGCUCUAUGGGAGGAUACUUUCCCUACUGUUGAAGCCACAUUUCUACCUGAGCACACUUAUGAUCACUGCCCCAUGAUUUUGAGUUGUUAUAAUGACUCUCUUUCCAAGAAACCAUUCAGAUUUUAUAACAUGUGGACUACCUCUAAAGCUUUUCUUCCCCUGGUUCAGACUAAUUGGGAGAAGAGGGUUCAUGGAUGCCAUAUGUUUAGGGUGAUUAAGAAGCUUAAAUGGAUAAAGAAUGAUCUGAAAGCUCUUAACAAAGCAGGUGAUUUGGCUACUGCUAAAAAAAUUGCUGGGGGGAAGUACAGGGAGGCACAUGCCAACUAUCUCUCUUUCCUACACCAAUCUGCUAAGAUCCAGUGGUUUGAAUGGGGGGAUGAAAACUCUAAACUGUUCCAUAUGAGUAUUAAACAUAGAAGAAGGAACAACACAACUCAAUUCACAAUGCUGCUGAUGGAUAGGAUAAAAGUCAACAGUGUCAUCAUAGAUCAAGGCCCCAUGCUGACUGACUCCCAUAAGGAUUCACUUAUCUGCUAUUUUCAAAAUGAUGACAUCAAGAGUGUUCUGAAUUCCACACCAAACAACAAAGCCCCAAGGCUUGAUGGUUUCAAUAACAUGUUCUACAAGGUUGCUUGGGCUAUUGUCAAAGAUGAGGUGUGUCUGGAAGUUAAGGAUUUUUUCUUAACUGGGAAAUUGCUGAAGGAGAUCAAUGUCACAUAA